AUGCAACCGGUAGCUGUGCAGAGAAGGGAACGUGCUGUACCGAGUGUUUCCGCUACGCGACCGAAAGUUGUGCAGAGUGAUGCCGCUAGACCAAGUGGUGAAGGUUACAGCUUCGAUGACCUGUGCGAGAAAGUCCUACAGGAUAACGAGAAACGUGCACUGAAGAUUCUGAAAAAACAUCCAGGCUAUGCCAGCAUGACCCGCCGCCACUCAUAUGACAAUGGAGAGUCUCCGCUGCACCUGGCCAUUUUUAACGGAAACCUCACUCUGGUCAAGAAGAUGGUGAGCCUCGGGGCGGACCCAAACGCGCAGUGCACCGGGACAAGAUUCUCACAGUACCGGGCUAAGAAGGAGGACGUCUUGUUUUACUACGGGGAGUAUGUCCUUUCACUCGCUGCCUGUUUGGGUAUGGACGACAUUGUCAAGUAUCUGGUGGAAAACGGCGCUAGGUUGGAAAACAGAGACUCAAAGGGUAACACAGUUCUACACGUGCUGGCCACCAUGGAACACGCUGACUGUUCCAUGGCCAAACUGGUGCUGGAACUGGUGGAGAAACAAUUGGAAACACUCAGGGAACAACUCGACAAUGGUGAAAUCAACCAGGAUCAAUUUAACCAGCGGUAUAACGCACUGGAUUUGGAGAAGGUCCAGAACAAGAUUGGACUCACUCCGGUCAAGCUGGCAGUAGCUAGUGCUAAUCUGGAGAUGUUCCAGUUCCUGCUAGAAAACAACCCUAAGCACCACGUCCUGUGGAAGUACGGCCCUGUGUCCGAGUGUCUGUACGACCUGUCUGAGAUCGACACAUGUCCACAAGGAUAUAGUCUCCUGGAAGUUGCGGUCUUCAGCGACGUGUACAGGCUCUACGAUAACAUCAAGGCUGCCAGAAUGAUCGAAGCCACGCCUUUAAAACAGCUUUUCGUAAAGAAAUGGAGGUGCGUGCGAUGGUGGUUCUGGGCGUUUGCUGCGUUUUACUCCAUUCACAUCAUCAUCUUUACCGCGUGCUGCUAUCACAGACCACUGCAGGAUGUGGUAAAGAACGUCAGUGACAACGUCACGGUCACAGUGGUGGAAAAAGUACCCGUGUUUGAGUCGUACAACACGCCGGGGCACCGGGCACGUGGCGCCGGGGAGUUGUUCACGGUGAUCACGUCGUUGACUUUUGUACUGGGAUUUUUUGUCUUCGAGCCAGCCAAGAGAUCUGAUUUCAUGAAAAAGCAUUACUCAAUGAAGACACGCACAUACAUCUUCUUCAACGCAUUCGGCUACGGAAUCGGCAACGGACCUUUCCGUUUUGUAAGUGCUGUGUACGUUAUUGCAGUGGGAAUUUUAAUGAUACUCCGACUGGCUAACUUGCCCUGUGAGGAUGUGGUCAUGUCCAUUGCACUUGUGUUCGGCUGGAUGUUAAUGUUGUACUUCUCUCGAGGGAGUGAACAUCUGGGGCCCUUCACGAUCAUUAUUCACCGGAUUCUCAUGAAAGACGUCGUUCGAUUCUUUUUGGUCUAUCUCGUAUGCCUGGCUGGAUACACCACAGCAUUUUACGUCACGUUUCAGGAGGCCACAGAGGACCUGGAACAGUUCAGCGACUUCGGGAGCACCUUCUUCACGCUGUUCAAACUCACGAUAGGGGUGGAGGACAUCGCAGUGCUAAACAAGGCCCCCAAUCCCAUCAUGGCGGUUAUUUUGUUUGUCAGCUUCCUCAUCUUCUCCUUCCUGCUGAUGGCGAAUCUGCUCAUUGCGAUAAUGGGAGAGACGCUGGGUGUGGUAUCGGACGCCGGCUGGAAGAACCUCUGGAAGCUCCAGCGUGCUAGCCUGAUCAUUUUGUUCGAGCAGCGCUACCGGUUGUGCCUGCGGUGCGUUCCCCGGCGCCUAAUGCAGUUUGCAGGGGGGCACGUGGAUGGUCUGAGGGUCUAUCCCAACACGAGAUACUUGAAGGUUAAGAUUCGGGGCAAGCCAGAGGCGGGCAGAGAGACCAAGCUCACGCCGCCUGACCGACAUGAGGACCCGGUACCUGGAGCUCCUAGCCAAUGCUGCGGCGGUUGCUUCCCGUGUUGCGCCAAUUGAAGUUGACGUGCCAGUGCCACAAACGUGAGAGGUCAUGUGUUUAGGGCUAGCGUUAGGGUUGGUAUUAGAGUUAGAGUUAGGGUUAGGGUUGGUAUUAGAGUUAGA